ACUAGUUCCACAAUGUUCACUGAAAGCACACCACUCUCUACGGAGAAAAAUAAAAAUGAAGACCAAGAGAGCAAAGAGAUUCCACAAGUUCAACAAGGACUCAACAUUUUCCAAACAGCAUUUUUUAUGAUCGGAAAUGUUGCUGGAAGUGGUAUAUUAGUCCUCCCUAAGGCUAUAGAUUAUGCUGGUUGUAUAGGCCUAUUUUUGAUGAUAGUAGCUGCAUUCGCAUCUGGUUAUAACGGUAUUCGUUUAGGGCAAUGCUGGACAAUUGUCAGACGAAGAUAUCGCCAUAUGGACGGUUAUGUUCAAGAUCCUUAUGCUGCAAUAGCUAAAGCUGCUUUUGGUUCAAAAAUGGGAAUUUUAGUAUCACUAAUGGGCAAUAUAUUCCUUUUUGGGGUUGCAGUUGUUUUUGUCUUAAUGUCAAGUCAAAAUUUACAAUCUCUUCUGCAGCACUGGUUUAAUUUAAGGAUAUCCUUCUGCUACUGGAUACUUAUCCUUGGAACUUCACUAAUACCAGCUUGCUGGCUGGGAUCACCGAAAAAUUUCAAAAUAUUUGGCAUUAUUUCGGCUUCAACAAUAUUUUUGGCAUGCUUGAUAAUGAAUUGUGCUUUCAUAGCGCAAAUUUACACGAAGAAGUCAGAGACAGUAUAUAAACCGCCAAAUCCUUCUAAAUUAAUAUUUUCUUUUGGUGUUAUGAUGUACUCAUUCUCUGGUACGGUAACUUUUCCCACAAUUCAACAAGAUAUGAAGAGACCGGAAAAAUUCCAUUUAUCGGCCUGGGUAUCUUAUACAACCAUUUUAGCCAUGUACAUGACAGUCUCGUGCCUAGGAUAUUUAAGUGUUGGGAGUAAAUUACAAGUCAACGUUUUACAGAAUAUAGCUAUUAAUUGGUUUAGAUAUAUCGCAGAAAUUCUCAUUACAAUCCAUCUCGUGUUUGCUCUUAUUUCGAAUACUAAUCCACUGUUUCAGAGUAUUGAGAAGCUUUUUUGUAUUUCGGCUGAAUUUGGAUGGAAACGCUGCGUCGCUAGGACUACAUUGAUGAUAAUCAUUAUUUUUAUAGCUGAAAGCAUACCUAACUUUUCUAGUCUUCUCUCACUAGUUGCGGCCUGUGGAACGUUUUUAACCUUCAUAGCUCCCUGCCUGUUUUAUAUCAAGAUUUGUUCGAUGGAAGGUGACUGGCCUAAAGAGUACGUUUAUAAUUCAGGUUAAAACCUAAAUCACUAUUCAAUGAUUUAUUUCACUAGGGAUCCUGUACCGUUACAUCACAAAGUCUUAUCUAUUGAAUUAAUAAUUUGUGGUACCCUAUCUGCUGUUGCUGUUACAUAUACCGGCGUGAAACAAAUUAUUGGUUCGCUAACUUUCGUUCCUCCUUGUUAUAUAAGUAUUACUGCGGCUGAAACAAUAGUUCACCAAUCUGUAUUAUUAUUUACCAAUAAAACAAUCUAAUGCAUUUACGACCGUAAAAAAAAUAUUUCUCAAGAAAAUCAUUUUUGAUAUCAUUUCUUAAAAUUGC